AUGGACGUGCUAGAUUCCCAAAAACAAGUCAAUGGCGUUUGCCUCGACUUGCUUCUUCAAGAAAUCGUGCCACUUUCGUUACGAGUGUCCCACCUCACCGGUGAAAAAAGGCAACUGCAAGACCAUACCACAGACUCCCAGACAAGAAUAGACACUCCUCUUCUGCGAUUGCCGGAUGACUUGCCUGGUAAAGUUGCCAUUUUCGAAUCCGAGCACUUGAGUCAAGAUGAGGCCACGUUGAGGAUUGAGUCAUACGGGUAUGCCACUGGUCUUCGUCUCACUGAGGUGUUGAUGUACAAGACAGCGGGCCAGCUUAACAAGAUUGUUGAUAUCUUGGACAUCAUGAAGUUCGUGUGCCGGGAUGUCUGGAAGAGUCUAUUCAAUAAGCAGAUGGACAACCUCCGAACGAACCACAGAGGUACGUUUGUGCUUAUAGAUAACGACCACAGGCUUAUCUCUGGAUUGAACAGCUCCAAGGGCCUUCCAGACUCUAUCAAUAAGGCACGUACGUAUCUAUGGUUCUCAUGUGGUCUCAUUCGUGGAGUUUUGAUGAGCUUUGGUAUUGAAGCAUAUGUUGCGGCUGAGAUUUCCCAGUUCCCUGCGGUGAUCUUCAACAUCCAGACCACCAUCAACAACUAG